CCCUAUUCCCAUGGAGCCCGGCCAGCGUAGGGGCGCCCGGCGCAAGGGCGAUGCAGUGAGGCACCCAGUGGGGCUGGGUCCCAGCAUUCCCGCAGCCUGGCGCCUUCCCCCUCGCGCAUGUGCUGAUCCUGCUUCGGCUGGCUCAUGCGCUCACCGGGAUUCCCUGCAAAGUGCUCGGCGCCACGCAGCACACUGGCACCACGGUCUCCUGGAAAGCGCUCGGCGCCACGCAGCACACUGGCGCCACGGUCUCCUGGAAAGCGCUCGGCGCCACGCAGCACACUGGCGCCACGGUCUCCUGGAAAGCGCUCGGCGCCACGCAGCACACUGGCGCCACGGUCUCCUGGAAAGCGCUCGGCGCCACGCAGCACACUGGCGCCACGGUCUCCUGGAAAGCGCUCGGCGCCACGCAGCACACUGGCGCCACGGUCUCCUGGAAAGCGCUCGGCGCCACGCAGCACACUGGCGCCACGGUCUCCUGGAAAGCGCUCGGCGCCACGCAGCACACUGGCGCCACGGUCUCCUGGAAAGCGCUCGGCGCCACGCAGCACACUGGCGCCACGGUCUCCUGGAAAGCGCUCGGCGCCACGCAGCACACUGGCGCCACGGUCUCCUGGAAAGCGCUCGGCGCCACGCAGCACACUGGCGCCACGGUCUCCUGGAAAGCGCUCGGCGCCACGCAGCACACUGGCGCCACGGUCUCCUGGAAAGCGCUCGGCGCCACGCAGCACACUGGCGCCACGGUCUCCUGGAAAGCGCUCGGCGCCACGCAGCACACUGGCGCCACGGUCUCCUGGAAAGCGCUCGGCGCCACGCAGCACACUGGCGCCACGGUCUCCUGGAAAGCGCUCGGCGCCACGCAGCACACUGGCGCCACGGUCUCCUGGAAAGCGCUCGGCGCCACGCAGCACACUGGCGCCACGGUCUCCUGGAAAGCGCUCGGCGCCACGCAGCACACUGGCGCCACGGUCUCCUGGAAAGCGCUCGGCGCCACGCAGCACACUGGCGCCACGGUCUCCUGGAAAGCGCUCGGCGCCACGCAGCACACUGGCGCCACGGUCUCCUGGAAAGCGCUCGGCGCCACGCAGCACACUGGCGCCACGGUCUCCUGGAAAGCGCUCGGCGCCACGCAGCACACUGGCGCCACGGUCUCCUGGAAAGCGCUCGGCGCCACGCAGCACACUGGCGCCACGGUCUCCUGGAAAGCGCUCGGCGCCACGCAGCACACUGGCGCCACGGUCUCCUGGAAAGCGCUCGGCGCCACGCAGCACACUGGCGCCACGGUCUCCUGGAAAGCGCUCGGCGCCACGCAGCACACUGGCGCCACGGUCUCCUGGAAAGCGCUCGGCGCCACGCAGCACACUGGCGCCACGGUCUCCUGGAAAGCGCUCGGCGCCACGCAGCACACUGGCGCCACGGUCUCCUGGAAAGCGCUCGGCGCCACGCAGCACACUGGCGCCACGGUCUCCUGGAAAGCGCUCGGCGCCACGCAGCACACUGGCGCCACGGUCUCCUGGAAAGCGCCCGGCGCCACGCAGAACACUAGCGCCACACAGCACACUGGCACCACCCAGCACACUGGUGCCACCCAGCACACUGGCUCCACGCAGCAUACUGGCACCACGCAGCAUACUGGCACCACGCAGCAGCACACUGGCACCAUGGUCUCCUGGAAAGUGCCUGGCUCCACGCAGCACACUGGCUCCAGUCGCCCCGGGGCAGCGCUGCAGGACGAGUGCCUCACCUGCGCAGUAACGAGCUCUGCCCACUGGGUGUUCACAGGGCGCGGCGGCAUCCCAAAGGGAAGGGGCUGCCCCCCAGCAC